CCUGGUGUCUACGUAUUGUUGCACAUUUGCGGCGUAUGGGAGUAUUCAGUGAAUCUGAAUUGCGUUUACAGUUCUUAAGAUGCAGAGAGGCGUGGCUUUCAGGCAUUCUUGACGACUUGGACCGGAGGAAUGUUUAUGAAUAUUUGAAAGGAAUGGUAAAUUGCCACAGGAUGAAUCUGUUUGAUGUUGUUAAUCAAUACAGAGCAAUAUUCAACAAUGAUAAAUCUGGGAGCGAGGAGAAUUAUGAUGGUGGACUUCUUUUUAGUUGGGCUAUGCAUCAAAUUAAAAAUCACCUUUGCACUCUGGAGGUUAUGCUUCCCAAGAUCACUGAUGGUGGAUCACUGUCAAAUAUACUUGAUCAGUGCAUGUAUUGUGCGAUGGGUCUUGGCUUGGUUGGAUUGGAUUUUCGAGGCUUGCUUCCACUACUUUUUGAAGAUGCAGUUGUUAACUUAUUCUCAAAGAAUAUGAACAUAGCAGUUGAAAAUUUUCAGAUUGUCCUAGAUUCACAUCGCUGGGUUCCCUUGCCAUCUGUUGGCUUUGCAACCAAUGGAGUGAUUAAUGAAAGCCAUGAUGAUGUGACUCCACCUUCUGUUCUAAUGGAGCAUCCUCCUAUUGCUGUGUUUGUUAAUGGUAUUUCAGCAGCUAUGAAUGAAUUACGGCCUUGUGCCCCGUUGAGUCUAAAGCAUGUUCUGGCUCAGGAGGUUGUCAAGGGACUACAGGCUGUUUCUGACUCUCUAGUUAGAUAUAAUGCUAUUCGGGUGCUCCGUGGGAAUGAAUCUACUCUUUUCCGUUCACUCUGUCAAGCAUUCAUCGAGGUUGCCUAUCCUUAUUGUGCAACUUGCUUCGGUCGCUGCUAUCCUAAUGGAGCAACCUUGAUCAUAGAAUGUAGGAGUAUGUUUGAUGGCGUCAGCCAACUGUUGACGACCUCCCCUGUUAAAGCACUUAAAAACUCUGUAGAUAAUGCAGAAGUGAAGCAAACAACUGAAAAUGGUGGUGCUUUGGUGGUUGAAAAUGGAAGUCCAGCCGAUGGGCAAGACUCUACUGUUGCUAAUACAGAUCAAAAUGACACAGGGCCAGUGCAGGCAGAAACGCAAAGCAGUGUAUAGUUGCUCCUGCUUGAUCUGCUAAUAUCUGCAUAGAGCUGUAUGAGUUUUCGAUCAUGUUCUUCUGCCUGUGUUUCCCUUUGCAUUGGAUUCUUCAAAGCGGAUUGAGCUAUACUAUCAGAGAUUAAUGUGGCUUUUUCGCUGAAGUCAGCAUGAUAGAUAUCGACAGGGUGAGUGCUAUCUAGUCAGGUCAGCAUUAUGAUUCUGUCCUUCAGAGUUUGAUUAUCGAUGCACUGCUUCCACAGACUCGCCAUCACAUUAGUCAUGGAUUAUACAGGCUUCUUUUUUGGUUAUCAAUUAGUUAUUUAUUCAGAUAUAAUUGCUAGCUUUGUAUGGCAUACUCAAGCAGUGCAUUGUGAUCUUAUUUGAUAGCAAUGUAUAAUUUCCGAAUGACACAUCAAAUGAAAUUCCAAGUGCAUCAUCAAAGAAGUUCUCUGUUGAUUUUUUGAUUA